UGCUGAAUCAGCUGAGUCCAGGCGGAAGCUACACAGAAGCGGUAUUGCGCAGGCGCAGCAGAGGAGCCUUUAUACUUUUUUGUUUAUUUUCCAUUUUCAGUUCUGGAUUUUCCCUAAACAGUUUGGCGUCAACGCACGCAGACGUCACCAUCUUAGGUACGAGAGGGCACGAGACCUACGGCGUGAGAAACCCGGAUAGGCCGACGAAGCAGCUCCGAGAGCGCGCCCCCUCCUGCUCAGCGACCGGGGGGGGGGGGGGGGCGCAGCUAGUCACGUGACGGCUGCACGUCAGCUGUCAUCGAGCCCCUUCAUGGAUGUCUCCUCUGAGCUGGAGGAGCGACAUCAAAGAUCCUGUCGUUCACCGGAAGUUCCUCCUGGCUGACACACCUGGUCCAGGUGGUCCAGGUCUCUGUGGCGCUCCGGGUCUGUUCAGACCAGGACCAUGGCUGUUCCAUCCAUAGUCUGUAAAAACAUGACAAAGCGAGAGAUGAAAAGUGGGCGAGCACUUGCUGUGCUGGUGGGAGGAGUCUUUUUCCUAGCUGUGAUGUCCCUAUACCGCAUGCUUGACUUAAUGCAGGGGGCGGAGCCUCAGCUCAGCAGGGACUGGUCCGGAGAACGGUUUGACCAAGACUUGUCCCGCCUCCGGAACAAGAUUGAUGGGCUGGAGCAGCUUCUCAUUAGCAACAACCGAAUGGUUGCCACGCUGAGAGACUCUCUGCGCAUCCACAAACAGGGCGGGGUCAAUAAGAGCAUAGGCUCCUCCCAUGUCCGAAAAGAGUCGUUGCCUGGCUGCCAAUUGGCUGAGCAGAAGGAGCGCUCUGCCGGCGUGCAGCUGCUGGACGUCUACGACCUCCUGCCCUUUGAUAACCCUGACGGGGGCGCAUGGAAGCAAGGCUUCCAGAUCACCUACCAAGGAAACGAGUGGGCGGAGCAGCCGCUAGAACUCUUCCUGGUUCCGCACUCGCACAACGACCCAGGCUGGCUGAAGACCUUUGAUGGGUACUACCAAGACCAGACCCGACACAUCCUCAACAACAUGCUGCUGAAGCUGGGCGAGGACAGCAGGAGGAAGAUGAUCUGGGCCGAAAUCAGCUACUUCUCUAAAUGGUGGAAUGAAAUCGAUGAGCAGAAGAGGAUGAUGGUCAAACGGCUGGUGGAGGCGGGCCAGUUGGAGAUGGUGACAGGCGGGUGGGUGAUGGCGGAUGAAGCAAACUCUCAUUACUUUGCCCUGCUGGAUCAGCUGAUGGAGGGUCACCAGUGGCUACAGAGGCACCUGGGAUUGAAGCCCAGCAGUGGUUGGGCCAUAGACCCAUUUGGCCACUCCCCCUCUAUGACCUACUUAUUGAAGGGGGCGGGUCUACGUAACAUGGUCAUCCAAAGGAUCCAUUAUGCUGUCAAGAAGCAUUUUGCCCAAAAGAAAACAUUGGAGUUCCUAUGGCGACAGAGUUGGGACUCCUCCCACAGCAGUGACAUCACGUGCCACAUGAUGCCUUUCUACAGCUACGAUGUGCCGCACACAUGCGGCCCGAACCCGGCCGUCUGCUGCCAGUUCGACUUCUACCGUCUGCCGGGGGGGCGCACUUCCUGCCCCUGGAGGAUCCCCCCACAGCCAAUCACAGAGAAGAACGUGAAGGAAAGAGCUCACGUGCUGCUGGAUCAGUACCGACAGAAGUCCCGCCUGUUCCGCAUCCCGGUUCUUCUGGUUCCUCUGGGAGAUGACUUCCGGUAUGUGGAGUCCGGCGAGUGGGAUGCUCAGUUUAACAACUACCAGAAGCUCUUUGACUAUUUUGACCAGCACCCAGAACUCCACAUUAAGGCGCGCUUCGGCACGCUGUCCGAUUACUUCUCCGCCCUUCAUCGACGCCUCAGUGCCACGGAAACCAGCUUACCGACGCUAAGCGGGGACUUUUUCACCUACGCUGACAGAGACGACCACUAUUGGAGUGGCUACUACACAUCACGACCUUUCUACAAGCGGCUGGACAGAGCUCUGGAGUCCACACUCAGAGCCACAGAAAUCCUUUUCAGCCUCACACUGGCUGAAAUGCGUCGUUUCCAUGGCGACCUUGUUGUAGGGUUUCCGGCACGGGAACACUUCCAGCGCUUGGUGGAAGGGAGGCGGAACCUGGGACUGUUCCAGCAUCAUGACGGCAUCACCGGUACUGGGCGAGAUCCGGUGGUGGUGGAUUACGGCACGAGGUUGUUCCACGCUAUCCUCCACCUGCGCCAGGUGCAGCAGAGCUCCGCCCACUGGCUCCUCCUCCUGGACAAGAACCAGUACCACCAUGACCAGUCGAAACCUUUCCUGCAAACGGAUGACGUGAUCUCAGCACAGGAUGCUCUGCCCCAGAAGACGCCACUCGUGCUCAGUGAUGAGCCCAGGGUGUUGAUCGUCUACAACCCGACAGAGCAGCGCCGCUCCUCUGUCAUCAGCGUUGUGGUCAGCUCUCCGGACGCUCGUGUUGUCGACUCAGAGACGGCUCAGCCAAUGCCUGUCCAGAUAUCUGCAGUGUGGGUGGAGCCACAGCAGGUGUCCUCUCAGGCCUUCCAGCUCUCCUUCGUUGCUGAACUUCCACCUCUGUCGCUAACCGUGUAUCAUGUGACCAAAGCACCAGCGGGCUCCACCCCACGCUCCACUUAUGUCAUCCAUCGCCACGGCAACCGCCCAAGCAUAGCCUCCCAGCACUUUCAGCUGUCCCGCCUGGAAGCAGCUGAAGCUCAGACCCAUCUGUCGCUUAGCAACAAGCACCUUCAGAUAUGGAGCUCACCGGAAACAGGCCUGCUGCAGAAGCUCCGCCUCUCUUCCGGUCUGGUCCGCCGGGUCCAGGUGAAGUUUCUGUGGUAUGGAACCACAACAAACAGGGACAAGAGUGGUGCGUACCUGUUCCUGCCUGGGCAGGGGGGGGCACAGCCCUACUCCUCUGAGCCCCCCCUGGUCCGGGUCUCCAGGGGUCCCAUCUUCUCUGACAUCACUUCCUGUUUUCAGCACGUCACACACACAGUCCGCCUCUUCCACCUGGAAGGGCAUUCUGGGAAAUCCAUUGAAAUUUCCAACAUGGUGGAUAUCAGAGCUGAAACCAACCGGGAGCUCGUCAUGCGACUUGAAAGCGAUGUCGCCAGCAGCAACCGCUUCUACACCGACCUCAACGGCUUCCAGAUGCAGCAGCGCCGGACUCUGAAGAAGCUCCCCCUGCAGGCCAACUUCUACCCGAUGAGCUCCUCCUCCUUCCUGCAGGACUCACUCAGUCGUCUGACGCUGCUGUCGGCGCAGAGCCAGGCCGCGGCGUCGCUGCAGUCAGGUGAGCUAGAGGUGAUACUGGACCGCCGCCUGCAGCAGGACGAUAACCGCGGCCUGGGCCAGGGAGUGACCGAUAACAAGUUGACGGGAAGUCUGUAUCACCUGUUGUUGGAGGACCGGAGGGCAGUUCAGGAAGUGGGAGGAGCUACUAUUGAUCACCUCUCUCUGCUCGCCCACCUGGAGUCGCUCUCCCUCUGCCACCCGCCGAUAAUCAUGUUUGCCCAGAGCGACAUCCAGCUUCCAAAGCUCCGCCCCUUCCUGCCUCUGCACUCGUCACUGCCGUGUGAUGUUCACCUGCUGAACCUGCGGACCCUGGAGGCUGAAGAGGAAACCGGAGCUCCUUCACAGGAAGUGGCUCUGCUCCUUCACAGGAAAGGCUUUGAAUGUAGCUCCGCCCCUGAGCCACCGCCACAGUGCACAUGGAGUGCGCACGAGGAGGUGAACCUGGACGACCUCUUCUCUCCUCUUCAGUUCCGCUCCAUCCGCCGCUCCGGCCUCACGCUGCUGCGUGACCACGACGAGCCCACGUCUGCCCGGCAGCAGCAGCCGCCCCGGCUCGCCAAGCUGGGGCCGAUGGAGAUCGCGGCGUUCCGUGCGGUUCUCGACUAAACCCUGAACCGGUCUGUGCGUAACCACUGCAGCCAAUGAGGAGAGGCCUGGAGGCGCCGCCGUCCAAUCAGAGAACACUGAAAGACCAUGACCUGCUGAAACCCAGAAGGAAACAGAAAAAUAAAAGCCAUGAAAUAUUUAUUCAGAGGAAACACUGAAGCCGUGUGAAUGUAGAGGGUUUCCAUGGCAACAGUCUUUAACUGCUGUGGAUUAUCUUCAACCUGGGGUGAAGUUUUUGGGUGAUUUUUUUCAAAUCUUGUUUCUGAAGGGAAUUCUGGGAAAACUUGCUACUGUUUUUUAAAUGUAGAUUAUUUUCUUACAGUUCACAGAAUCUGAAUCAACGGGAAAUAUUUCUCUGUCUGUGAAGAUUUUUAAUAAAGUUUGUGUUUUGAUACAA